UGCGGUGGAGUUGCUCGCUACUUUCUGUUCGUUCACACCGUUUGGGUCUCUUAGGUAUACGGUGCGGUGCCCAUCCUUGUCCUCUGCUCAAGACCCCGAGAGAGAGAGAAAGAGAGAGAGAGAGAAGGGCUAUGGAGGAGAAGUACUGGGACCUGGUGCUUGUUCCCUUGGGUCUCUUGGUGUUGGCUACCUACCACUCGUGGCUCCUUCUCACCAUACUCCGGCAUCCAAAGCGCACCGUCAUCGGCCUCAACGCCCUCGCCAGGCAACGCUGGGUCAGAGCCAUGAUGGCCGACCCACUGAAGAACGGUGUUCUCGCGGUGCAAACACUGCGCAACAACAUCAUGGCAUCCACAGUACUGGCCACCACCGCCAUCACCCUCGCUUCCCUCAUCAGCGUCUUCGUCGGCGCCUCCACCACCAGCUCGGCGGCCGCCUCUUUGUUGGUCUAUGGCAACAAGACGGCCCGCAUCGCGUCGGUGAAGUUCUUCGCCAUCUCCCUCUGCUUCAUCCUCGCCUUCCUCUGCAUCGUUCAGUCCAUCCGCUACUACGCCCAUGUCAGCUUCCUUCUUGUCGUGCCGGCCACCACCGGUGCAUUGAGGGACGGCGGCGUCUCCGUCGCCUACGUCGCCAGGAGUCUCAACCGGGGGAGCUUCUUCUGGUCCCUCGGCUUGAGGGCGUUCUACGCGUCGUUCACUCUGUUCGUUUGGAUUUUUGGGCCGGUUCCCAUGCUGGCUAGUUCUGUGGUGAUCUGCUGCUUGCUGUAUUUCUUGGACACCACAACGGGGUACACGCGAGACCUGCACGAUUCUUUUGGUGGGGAUGAGGAGGAGGCCAGGGAGGAUGCAUGAUUACUUCCCGCUAAUUGGUUCCUUACAGUUGCAUGAAGGCUGGUUAAAACUCAAUGAUCAUUGAGUUCUUUAUCUCCAUACUCAAAUUUGCCGCAUGAGAUGCACGUAGGUGAAGCUAUAUAAACUUCCGACGGGCGCUUCACAUACUGCAUGAAGGAUUGAAAUAUUUUGCUCUAAGGUUAUUCGAGUUUUGAAUCAUCAUAUACGUAUUUGUAUAUCAUGUAAUCGCCUGUAGAGGGUAGCAGUGAAAAGGUUAUGGAACUUAAACCUGGUUCUACGUACGUUUGAUUAAUGUCGAUACGGUUAACGAGAUUAUAUAUUUGCUUAUGAGAAACCAACAGCGAAAAAUACUGGAAGUUUGACACCUAAUCCUUCACUUUUACUGGCAUUUCUGACUAGUUUUUGCACAGAAAAGAAGAAGAAGAAGAAGAAAAUUACUAGGAAUAUAGUAUGCGAAUGAGCAAUGCUACAAUAAUUCAAAAAAAAAAAAAUCACUAAGAAAAGUCACUCAUCGGGUAAAUUCCACCAAUCACUUUGCUUCAUUUCAUGGUUCACUUUACGACGCCGAUUCAGAAGAGAGCAGUUGCAAUCCACCACACCAGCUCUGCGACCUUUGAAUGAUAUUUUUGAGUCAGUCGAGCAUUUUUUGUAUGCCCAUGGGGACACACGGUUUUAAUGCGACAGAUAAAUGAUCAGAGGGAGAAGGCUGAGCUGUGGAUAAGGCUUAUAAAAUUACCAUGGAGUACAAUAUGUCAUCCAUGGAGUACAAGAUCAGACAUUGUCAAAUGCCGUCUUGCAGGGUCUGUGAACCCAGCAAUGCCCGUGGCCUACAUAAGCCUGAUAUAUGUUUUGGAUAUAUAUUCUUCACUAGGCUCUAGUCUAUUAUCAUAUAAAAAUGUUCGCAUGUCCUGUUUAACGUCGAACCUUAUCCAGGAGGCUAGCAUCUCCAGAUAUCUAGCUAAAAGUUAGGAUAACACAAUCAUCUUGUCUACAAGAAAUUAUACCCUAUACCCCAUGAACCAAGUGGCCCUGCACCAUGUCAAUCACCUCAUCUCCUUCUUGUGAGCCCUAUUCAUCAUGUGCUUGUCUCUGUGAUUGCUCCACGAACAGCAAGAUACGAGAUCAUUGGCAUGGUGCACGGCCACAUUGGCACACGUCAUAUAGAGGGUAUAAUUUGCUGGAGUAUUCCCCAUCUUAAUGACUAAUGCCCAGUGAGAUGUCUGGUGCUCUUGCCAUGCUAUCCUCGUGCAAGAUUCUUGGACUCUUAUAACCAGCAUGACCAACUUAAAAAUCUAUGACGUAGGACGUGGAAACACUGAAAAACAACCAAAAAGGAUCAAGGCUUCACAAAGUGAAGUAUAAUGUUAAUGAUAGACUAGGUCAUGGUGCCUGGAGUAUCACUAAUUUUGGUACGAAAAGUUCUGCUAGUUGUGUUACUGAGUUGCAUAAAGUAGCCAUACUUGGAACUCAAAAAAGAACAUAAGCCAAACUAUGUAUGCUAUGGACCAGUCUUUUGUAUAGGUGUGGGAUUUCAUCUCGGCAAUUUCAUCCCUUACAAUUUGAGCUUAAGUUAUUUGGGGGAGGAUUCAAGGCUGUCAAUUUUUGCAUAGAAAUCUUCGAAGAAAACAUUGAAAUCCAAGCUAGUGUUACGUUUGAUUGAAUUGAUGUUAACAUGAAGAAUUUCUAUCCAUAUUAAUUUUAUUUUUAUAGAGCUAGAGUUGAGUGUGGCUUCAACGAAGAAAAAAGUCAUCUCUCUCGAGAAGAACAGUUGAGAUCUCCCAUUUUUAUGGAUUUUUACUACCCAGAGAAAGGAGAAAAAACUUUAUAGCUAUUGUUUACCAAGAGAAUGAUACAAUAUUGUUGUUGCAAUUCUUGUAACACUUGCAGACUAGAUUAAUUGGAUCCCAACCUUCAAUUAUGAUAACAUUAGCUUUGAAUUGUCAUUUUCUUUUAGGCAAACUUAGAAUAUCAUCUUGAAUGCCAUCACAAAUCUUUCAAAGAAAACUAUCUCGACCUAUCUUUUCUUGUUACUUUCAUGCUAAGGUCUCGAGAACAACUCAUUCUAACUCCUGAUAUGUUCAGAGUGUAACGUAAUCCCGUUCUAUUUCAAGUUUGCGUCGCACAUCAUACUGACACUCACUCUCUUCUCUUCUUUUUUUUUUUGCUAAAAAAUUCACACAUUUAAGCAAUAUGAAAUGGGAGAGAUCAAUGUUGUUCAGCUCCCGACCAAUUCAUUCAAUAAGAUAAAUAAAUAUAUAUAUAUAUAUAUUUAAGUAUAUAUAUAUAAAGAAGAAGAAGAGCUACCUAGCUCAAACCGAUGCUUUUUACUUGGCCAUGGGAAUCUUUGCUGAGACCACCAUUCCCGGUGCAUGCCUAGGAACUGGACAAUUUUUAUCUUUGCGGCUGGUGACUUACCCACUGGCAACAGCCACCACUUCGCACUGCCUUUGCCGCAUUAAUUUCUUCACUAUACAGUGCUCAGGCAAAAUUCCAUUCUAAUCGAAAAGACAGAUUCCCAACUCUUUUCCUUUCUUUUGCUCGAGAUGAUCCAAGCAUAAGUUUACUCUGUUAGUGUAUACGCCAUAUAUGUUCCUGCUACUGAAUAUUUCAUAAGAUCAAUUAAUGGAGGUAGAAUGUAGGUUUGCUUUGUUUAUGUAUAGCUAGAUGUUCUUCUAGAAGUACCAAAAUGAAACUGGAGAGAAGGGGGUGGGGUGGGGGGAAUGGAUAUUGCUUCGCAUCUUUAUACGCAUUUAAACAAUAUUAAUACAACUAAGCUGCUAACAAGAAAAGUUAUAAUAGAAGCCAGUCUCACGUUAAUCAGAUAUCAUAACUAUAUCAUAACUAUCUAAACUAAGCCACCACUUUCAAUUAAAAAAAAAUUAAACAAAGAGUCCAUUAAAACUGGGGUAAACAAGAAAAAUCGAAGAUGAUCUACAAACCAACCAACAACUCGACAAUUCAUGAAAUAAGGAGGAAAGGGAGAUCCCUACAUGAAGGUCAACGUAUAGUCAGUUUCAUUUAAUUAGAUGUUUCAAGUCAUGGUAGUAUUUGAACCAA